UACAGAGUUGGGUAGAGGGAGGUCUAGGGGUUGGCCGGGUGUUUUGAUGGGUGGGAUACAUCAGGUGUCAGGGAGGCAGUGCUGACGCUCCACUCCGCCCUGAGAGGAGGGAAUGGAGUGUACGGGAGAGGUGCCAGGAGUGUGUUUAAGAAAUAGUCGCUCUGAAGGAGGACGGGGUUCGUGGCCGCUGCUGCUCUUAGCGACCUCUGGCAACCACCUGCCGUGAGUCUUCCAUGUCGCUACGAUUUUCUUUGCUUCAGAAUCUAGCCUCUCCGUUGCUGAGCUUCUUCCAUUUGAACUGAGUUAAUGACUCCCCCUAUAAGUAGCACGGGUUUAUGGGACUGGCAGUCUGGCGGGUGACACCCCCGCCUCUGGGCCUGUCAGACACUUGUCAGGUGUUCUACUAGCGAGCUGUGCGCCCUACAGUUGGGUUACUCGGUGGGCGUUUAGUAAAUGCUUCGUGUCACUUGCUACUUUAAUACUGGUCCGGUCUAUUUGUGGAGCUUAGCUGGGGCACCCAGAAGUUUGCGAUCAGAGGCCUUGUCUUUAAAACAUAGUUGGAGUCAGCCUGCGGCCCUCCUGCUAUUUUAGAGCUUCAGCUACAAGUUUCAGUAGGAAGUGGUUCUGUAGUUCAGCAAAAGCAACUGGAACGCUUGUUGGUCAUCCAGUAAUGGCGAUGUCCUACAUUUAUGCAGCCUACAAACUGGAAAUAUAUGUGAUAUUAAUGCACAUGGAAUGUGUGGGUGCAAUUUUUUGUUGUUUGCAGCACCACAGUUAUAGGUAUGGAAAUAUAUCCUUUUUAUAUGUAAAACAAUCUGUUUCUAAACAUACAUAAUAUAUCACAUGUUCUUGUGUCAGUUCCAUUGUGUAACAUAACCUUUAAAAGGUAAAAAAUUUACUCUUGAUUCUUCAGCUAUACAAUAUGCAACUUUAACAUAGAAUGGGGGACAGAGACACAGGCAAGAUCUGUAUCAUGCCCAUUUUGCUGUAAUCUCUUCCUUUUAGAGGAAGGGGAUGGGGGUUCACCCACCUUCCAGCUGCUAUUUCCUUGUUUGCUGAGUUACAGACACACAACCACAUUCAAAGAAGUUGCUUUUGUUAGGUUUGUUGUUUUUAAUAAAAGAAAAUUAUAACAUGAGUGGUAUUUUUGUCUAUGUUUUAGAUAUUGUCCCUUAAACCUAGCUCCUUUUAAUAUUGCAUUUUUACACAUGCAAAUGGUAGCCACUUGUAAUAUUUAUAUCAAAGGAUCCCUUUUACACAUGCAGCGCUGCUUAAUUUUAAUUGGUUUUAGUUAAGGUGUUUUGGCAUAGUGUUGCAUAAAUAUUGCUUUUUAUCUUAUAUGUUCAGGUGUAAUUUACUUCUAAUUGAGCAUAUUUGAACCACAUGGGCAGGGGGUGAAGUCCCAAUUCUGUCGUGCAUAUGGUAGCCGCUCGUGUUACUAAAUUUCAUUUUAAACAAGCAGAAAACCAACAUUGACAGCCUUAAAUCACACAUUAAACAAAUGCUGUUUUUUUUUUUGUAUAUGACAAAUUCAGUGCUUAUAAGAAGCGCAUACACAUGCCUAUCAACUGCAUGAGGUUGCAGGGAUAUUUCAUCAGCUGUUUGUAAGAUCCAUUUCUUGUGCAUUGUGGCAUGGAAUAGUGUGAGCACAGAUUUGCCAUAUGUGCUGACUUAGAUAUCACAAUUUGUUUGCAGCAUUUGCCUUAUUUGUAAUUUAAUAGCUAAAAUAUUUUUCAUGUUAGAAUUUGUUCAAAAUGUAGCUAAAUGACAGUAUCUAUGGGGGGGGGGGUUAUUCUAUAAAUUACACAGAUGUUAUUGAAUUAAUUUUGAUGUAGUUUAUUAUUGUUGACAUUAAACAUGGACCUAGAAUAGCCACUACAUGCGUGGGUUGUCCAGCCCACUUUGAGUUUGCUUUGCUAUGAGCAAAGUGAUAUAAUUAAUGAAGUCUUUCAUCAGACACAUGUUAUAUGUUUGAAGUAUCUGCAUGUCUUAAAAGCAGGGUGUCGUGGAAGUGCACACCGUCUAUUCAAAACUGUCAGGGAUAGUGUGAAGUUGUUAGACAAUUCCAUAAUUAUAAUAGCCCAUAUGCUAAGUUUUUACGUGAAGAAAGUUUAGAGAAUGAAAACUUUGAAGCUUUUUGUUUAUACUAACAGAAGAGAAAAGUUCUCCCAAGAAAAAGCUGGUGGCAGAAGUGUAGAGGAGUAGCAUAUGGCAUUAAAAGGAGCACAGCUGGAGGUAGCAUUUCCAUCUGAACAUGAUGUCAGAGCAGCUGACAGCUUGCCAUCCCUCAGCCUUUUAUUCUAACACACAGGGAGUUAGUGUGUUGCGAGCUGUGUUGGAAGAAGGUAUCUCAUUCCUCUCUAACAUCAUCUCCACUUUGCAUCUGUUAGUCUGUGUGUAUAUGUGUGUGUGUGUAUGUGCAUGUGUUUGUUUUUAUUUUCUUAUCUGCGCUGAUUUAAAAGAACUGAAGCCUGCACUACUCAGAGGGAAAGACUUAAUCAGGUUUAAGUAUACAAAAGGUUAUGAGGACAGUAUGGAGUUUCCAGAACACAGCAGACACUUGCUACAGUGUUUGAGUGAACAGAGGCAUCAAGGUUUCCUUUGCGACUGCACUGUUCUUGUAGGAGAUGCCCAUUUUCGAGCACACAGAGCUGUCCUGGCUUCAUGCAGCAUGUAUUUCCACCUCUUUUACAAGGAUCAGUUAGAUAAAAGAGACAUUGUUCAUUUGAACAGCGACAUUGUUACAGCCCCAGCCUUUGCUCUCCUGCUUGAAUUCAUGUAUGAAGGGAUACUCCAGUUUAAAGGUCUACCCAUUGAGGAUGUGCUUGCAGCUGCCAGCUAUCUCCACAUGUAUGACAUUGUGAAAGUCUGCAAAAAGAAACUUAAAGAGAAAGCUACCACAGACAGUACUAAAAAGGAAGAAGACACCUCGAGUUUUUCAGACAAAGUAGAGUGUCUUUCAGAUGGUAGUAGUCACAUGGCAGGUGAUCUGCCCAGUGAUGAAGAUGAUGUAGAAGAUGAAAAAAUAAAUAUUCUUCCUGGUAAAACUGACUUGGCAACUGAAUCUAGGAACAUGUGGAUAAGAUUGCCCACAGAAUCUGCAAGCAUUCCCCGGACUGUCGGAGAGGCUGAAACACACACAACAGCAGCUGGAAAAACAGCAGUCAGCCCCUGCAGCUCAACAGGAUCUUUGUCCCAUAGAUCUGCCAUCUCGAUGGGAGACUCGGCAGAUGUGGACUGUGUGCUGGACCUCUCUGUGAAGUCCAGUCUUUCAGGAACUGAAACAAUGAAUAACUCCUACCUUUCAUCACAGGAGAUCUUAAGAAAUAGUUUAGUUCAGGUAAAAGUCGAAAAAGAAGCUACCUGUGAUAAGAAUGAUAUUGAUACUACUGAGUAUGAUAUUGAGCGGAACACUGUGAAGGAAAGUGUGAGCUCUAAUAUUAGGGCAUCAUAUGAGCCAGUCCAUCUGGCUCCAAUAAGGGAAGAUUCAGUCUUACGGGAGUUAGAUCAUGAUGACAAAGCAAGCGAUGAUGAUAUGAUAACUCUAGAGAAUGAGAGGGUUCAGAUGGAAGCAAACACGGACAACAGUUUGCUCCCAUAUGUGCCAAACAUAAUAAGCCCUACUGGGCAAAUCUUUAUGUGCCCUCUUUGCAACAAAGUUUUUCCCAGCCCACAUAUCCUGCAAAUUCAUUUAAGCACACACUUUCGAGAGCAGGAGGGUAUUCGCAGCAAGCCUGCCAAUGAUGUUCAUGUUCCUACCUGCUCAUUAUGUGGUAAGACCUUUUCUUGCAUGUACACACUUAAGCGACAUGAAAGGACUCAUUCUGGAGAAAAGCCUUAUACUUGCACUCAGUGUGGAAAAAGCUUCCAGUACUCCCACAACCUGAGUCGGCAUGCUGUUGUUCAUACACGGGAGAAGCCACAUGCCUGUAAGUGGUGUGAAAGGAGGUUCACACAGUCUGGAGACCUUUAUAGGCACAUUAGAAAAUUUCAUUGUGAAUUGGUGAACUCUUUAUCUGUUAAAAGUGAAACACUGGGUUUACCUGCAGUUAGAGAUUGGACAUUAGAAGACAGCUCUCAAGAACUGUGGAAAUAGAGAUAUAUAUAUAUAUAUAUAUAUAUAUAAGUUGAAGUGUCUCUGCGUCCAGUCCCUGUGUCCGUGGGUUUGCGCUACUGCGCAUGUGCCCCACGGACCGUCUCUGGCGCUACUGCGCAUGUGCCCCACGGACCGUGUCUGCCGAAUUUUCUACAUAUGUUCUAGUGCCCGUUGAUUUAACGGGCUUAAUGUCUAGUAUAUAUAUAAUAUCCUGAUUUACAAUAUUUAAGUGUGUGGGCUAAAAGCAUUUAAGUUUCCCUCAGACAUUUCUUAUAUGUUUUAUAUGAGUUUGGCUCUUUUGAGGAAAUUGUAAUACGUUAAUCAGAUAAAAAAAUAAAAUAAAAUACAAAUUUAUUUUGCAUAUAUUUUGCACAUGUUUUGAUUUUUAAAUUUCCUAAAAUAUGCCAUAGAUUUUGGUUUUGUUUGUUUAAUGCUUUAUGGGAUAAAACCCUUCUGCUUUUUUUGUUGUUUUCCUAAGAACCUGAUCAGCUAAAGGAAACUAUAAUGCUUCUAGAUCCUUUUAUUUUUAAUGUUGUAUGUUCUCCCCUUUAAAACAAAGUAAAACGUAUUUGGUGACACUUGCAGAAGUUGAAUUCAUCCCCAUAUCAUUAAACAUAUAUUCUGUGUUAAGUGGGAGUUUGUUCAUGAUUUUAUAUGGUAAAAAAAAUGUCCAGAAAAGUGUUGAGCUUAAUUUAAAUAGUUUAUAUUUCCUGUAAUAUAUUUACAUUGAGAGGUUGGCAAACAAUGCUCUUAAAGUCAUUGAAAAGUAAUUAAUACUACAGAAAUGCAUGAAUUAUUGGUACAUUUUACUGCAUUGUAUAUCCACGGUAUGUUAGAUGAAACUAAUUAUUUAAGUGUACACUUGCUAUAAUAACUGGCGUUAAAGCAAAAACAAAUGCACUGUUUUAAUUAUUUUUUUCUUUUGCAUUUUUUCUUUGUUUGUUACUGUUUUUAUACUUCUCCAAAAUCAGAUUUUUCACAGUAAUUAUUAUUAAGCUAAACUUCAGACUUCUGACAUAUGCAACAGUAAAUAUACGUGUAAACCAGCAGGCUGAAAACUUGCAUGUUUGGUAUGUUUUCUUUUGGAUAGAUAAGCAUUGGUGUGUGUGAUAAAUAAGCAUUUUACCACCUAUUUAAGAAAAAAUUAAGACAAGAAUGGUGAUUCAAAUCUUCUCCCCAUUCUUAUUUAUUUUUUAUUUAACAUUUGAAAUUUUUUUAUGUUACGUAGGCAAAAGGGAAAUAAAAAGGCCAAGAUGGCUUAUUGUCAUAAAUAAGGUCCGGUAGAGAGAGUUACUUGCAGUGUGUAUCCAAGCGGCAGUGACUAAUAACUGAGAGUUAUGUGUUGGUUAACACAUAGGGGAAAGCUUUGCACAGUGUUUGUUCUCCUGUGUUGCACUUACAGAAUGCCUGUGACCAUUAUUUGCAUAUUUAGAAAACUUUUUUCUUUUUUUUCUUUUUUUUCAUUUUAAUAAAUCUCAUUUCAGACUCCUUAAGUACUGUAAACAUAGCUUAAUGUUGUGUUUAACAUUAUAAGUGGGACUAACCCACUUUGUCUGCUGGGGUUUGUUAUAUUUGGUUUGAAAAUUUAUGAGAUAUCAUAGAUAAAAACCAAACAAAAAAAACUGUGAAAAUGGAUUAUGUUGCAUUGUUUAGUUACUUGAAGUUUUUUGUUAAAUAUUUUAAAAAAAUAUAGGAAAGACAACCAGUGACUGGAUAAACUAAGAAUUUUGUUAAACAUAUUUUUGAGUUUGCUUUAGUAUUACGUUGUUUAAAAAAAAAUCUUUAGAUAUCUAGCUUCGACAAUCAUUGUAUGUUUUAUUUUCAAGAAAUGUGGGGGGUAAAUUAUAAUGCUGUUUAGUUUUGUACUAUUGGUGUGUGCGGUGAGUUUUUAAACUGUGUGAAAAUUGCAAUAAAUUAUAUGAACUUUAAAUUAAAAGUGUUCUCACAGAA